AUGACUUGUGAGCUUAUUCAACAGGCUGACAUGGCCAAUGCUCCGAGUCUUGACGGAGCACAGCACAAGAGCGCCAUGGCCGACGGCGAGUUCAAGGUGCAAAACAUUUGCUGCGUCGGUGCCGGUUACGUCGGCUUGGAAUACAAAGACUCCCGAAAAGCUCAUGGUCAGCUGAUUGUGCUGUCCGACAUAGGUGGCCCGACAGCUGCCGUUAUAGCUUUCCAGAACCCUCGAAUCAAGGUAACUGUUGCUGACCGCGACAGCGACCGAAUCCUUCGCUGGCAAUCGAGGCAUCUUCCAAUCUACGAGCCUGGGCUCCGUGACAUUGUUCGAAUUGCCCGCGAUGGUAGUAGUUGCGACAUGAGUUCUCGUCAGCGCACAACAGCCCAUGCCGAGUCUUUUGCCAGCAACCAGGAGACACCCCUCGCUAAACGCUCCGCCAAUUUGUUCUUCACCACAGACCUCGCAAGGAGCAUCAGUGAGGCUGACGUUGUCUUGAUUGCUGUCAAUACACCGACCAAAGCUCAUGGUAUCGGUGCUGGCUGCGCUACCGACAUGACGGCUUUCGAAGCCGUCACUUCAGUAGUAGCUCAGCAUGCCCGCGAAGGUGCCAUCAUUGUGGAAAAAAGCACAGUGCCAUGUCGCACGGCCCAGUUCAUCGCCGAGACUCUUUCUAUACAUCGACCAGGUGCCCACUUUGAAAUCUUGUCUAAUCCAGAAUUUCUAGCGGCAGGAACUGCGAUUCAAGACUUGCUCUACCCUGACAGGGUCAUCAUCGGCUCCGCCCCAACGCUGUCAGGCAAGAAAGCUGCUGCGGCGCUGGCCAAGGUCUAUGCCGCCUGGGUACCGCGCAAGCGCAUUCUGACCACGGAUGUCUGGUCUUCGGAGCUUUCCAAGUUGGUGGCAAACUCCAUGCUUGCCCAGCGCAUCUCUAGCAUAAAUUCGAUUGCCGCGAUUUGCGAGCAGGUAGGCGCCGAUGUUGACGAGGUUGCCCGCGCUGUUGGAAUCGACCCGCGCAUCGGUAAUAAAUUCCUGGUCGCCGGCAUCGGUUUUGGCGGCAGCUGCUUCAAAAAGGAUAUUCUCAACCUAGUUUACCUUGCUGAAAGCCUAGGUUUGCCGGAAGUGGGCAGCUACUGGUCACAGGUUGUGGAGAUGAACAACUUUGCCCGCGAACGCUUCACUAGCCGUAUCAUCAAGUGCCUGAACAACACUUUGAGGGGCAAAAAAAUUUCCAUCUUAGGCUUUGCAUUCAAGAAGAACACUUCGGAUACUCGUGAAGCGCCUGCCCUGGAAAUGAUGAAGACACUUCUCAAAGAGAGGCCAGACGAGAUUGGCGUGUUUGACCCUUGCUGCAAUCCAUCUGUUCUCACAAAAGAAAUCACGGCUAUACUAGGCCCUCUUUCAGACGCCAACGUUGUCGUCUAUGGAAAUGCUUACGACGCUUGCCGCGGCGCUACUGCUCUUGUCAUUGCAACCGAUUUUGAUGAGUUUCGCCACUGCGCUCCUUCAAAGCCGACGGCCAUGGCAGACGGUCAAAAUGGCUUCGAUUGCGCCACAAAGCCGACUUCAGACCUAUGCCCACUCAGCGAUCGAUCCGCAAGGUCUGGUCACCUGAAGUCGCAUUGCAGCAUGGCCCAAUGUACAACAAGAAUGCCCAAAGGCUUCUCUACCAUCUUCAACGACGAGCCUCCGUGCCCACAGAAUUGCCCAGAAUGUAUCAGUAUACGUGGGGAUGAAAACGAGCACAUUGGGGACACUACGAAAAUGCGCGGCGGACCAAGGUACAAACCAAAGAACGGGGACCGGCUGAACUGGGCAAGGAUUGCCAGCACGUUGGUUAAGCCUAGUUGGGUGUUUGAUGGGCGAGGUGUUGUUGAUUCGAAUGAACUGAAGAAGCUUGGUAUCCGUGUAGAGAGUAUUGGCCGCUCAGAGAGAAUAUAG